AUGGUGCUAGCAGAAGUAACGGAUGCGGACAUGCGCAGUCAUGGUGGUGUACUCCACAUUUGGGUAGGCGCCAACGACGAAAAAACCCGCGGGACCUUCGUGUGGGACCACAGCCAAUCCCCCAUCGACGACAGAGACCUGUGGGACCAGGGUCAGCCCCGCCCCGACCGUUGGGCGUUUGAGACUUGUGCCGGCAUCAACAACAACCACAAACUUGCAGUGUACGGCUGCAACUCGCAUGAAUGCGGGUCCAAUGAAGAGUUUGAAUUAGGCGAGAUCUGCUACCGUCUCUACCCCACCCCACGAUAUUGGCGAGAUGCCAAGGCUGAGUGUGAAAACAAUGGACUACAUUUUGCCAAACUUACAAGAGACGAGGAUCUGGUUGACCUUCGAUCGUUGAUAAAUCAUCAACAAGUUUGGGUCGGGGCAAUAGAAGAAGAAAAUCAUCGCUACCAUUGGGUGUUUGAUGGACAACCAUUGGCAAUGCAAGUCACUGACGAGUCACAGGGGGAUGGGUGUGUCAUGCUGCUAAACUUGAACUCACUCCAGUCUAAAGUCUGCGACACGCGCUUUCCGUACCUGUGUAUGAAGAAACCAACUGUAAAAACAGAUACUGCAUCCACGAUCACAAUCACCACUCCAGCGCCCAAGGUCUGGUUCGGCCAAGGCGACCUGUUCUUGUGUCACUGUGAGGCGCCCCACUGUGGGGCGGGGGCGUGCCAGGGGGACACCGCCCCGUGUGAGCAGAACUGGUUCGGGUUGAGGUGCCAGUAUAGAAACUUGGCUGGCGCCGCCUACGUCCUAGACUCCAGCUUGCCCUCGCUCACCGACAACGACGACAGCACGUGCCAUCAGCAGGACAGGGAGAGGUCAGUGACCGUCAAGUUUCGUGAGGAACAGUUUAUCACGUGGAUACGGAUAGUCGUCAAGGACAAGAUAGAUCACUACACUGUGCAGGCGUUCUCUGGCCUCACCCCCCGGGCCUGCACCAACAUGAGUGUCCUACAACCCACACCCACAACCCUGGACCUGGCAUGUAACCUUGGCACAGUCUACGUAACCAAGGUCACCGUCAGCUGGCGAGUUCAUCACGUGAUUUGUUCUCUCUACAUCAGUGGAGGAAGAAAUCUGGCGCUAAAGAGCAGGGUGUCUCACAGUCCAGCGGCCAACACGACGCCGUCAGAUGCUGCGGUGGACGGCCAGUUGACACAGCCGUGUCUGGUGCUGAAUGACUCCGUGACUCACCAGCAGCUGCAGCUGGCCUUUAGCACACCUAAGCUCAUCACGGAGAUCGUCAUACACACAUCGACAGCUAACACUUCGUACGGCACAUUGAACGGCUUCCGGCUGGAGGUUGUGGGGGAGGGGGAGGUCAGUCUGCAGAACUUGACGGGCGUGAGAGCGGACGUCACCGGACGUCUGAGGUUCAAAUCCAUCGUGAGGAGACCAGCCAUGCGUGUAGAUGUCAACCUGGUGAGCCAACCUGGGCACCCGAUGGAGGUUUGCGAGUUGGAGGUUUUUGGGGACUGCUCGUCCCCCGUGUACGGGCUGUACUGUGAUGAGAUCUGCAGCAUGGGCUGUGUGGACCAGCUCUGUCACUACAACGGGCAGUGUUACCACUGUGUGGAGGGGAGGACGGGCAAACAUUGUGUAGGAGGUAAAGGGGGAAACUAG